AAUAAAGCCGCCCAGUCGGCCUUCCACAGUGUCAUUCUACUGUAAGAGCUCCCCUUGGAUUCAUCUUACAGUCUUCAUCAUGGCAAGCAAGGUGAUCAUCCAGCAGCCCAAGCCACUGGUAGUGGAUGCUACCUCGGACCAGUGGUCCACCAGCAUCUGCGAGUGUGAAAGCGUUAACGAAUGCUGUUUCUCUGUGUGGUGCUUCCCUUGCUUUGCCUGCAUCACAGCGCGGGACCAUGGCGAAUGCCUGUGCCUCCCUCUCCUGGACACAUUCGGCAUUAUCCCCCCAGUCACACUCUCCAUGAGGGUGUCAAUGCGCAAACGCUACGGCAUCACAGACACUAUCUGCAACGACUGUGUGUAUGCCUUCUUCUGUGGCCCAUGUAGCUGGUGUCAAAUCAGGCGAGAGAUGAAGGCCAGACUUCACCCUGUCACACUGCUCAACAACAGGCCAUUGGGCUAAAGACCUAGAUCAUCAGCUUAAUCAUCAACACCACCAUCGUAUUAUCAGCAUCAUUGCCACUGGCAUCAUUACCAUCAUCAGCACAAGUGAAGAGAACACAUCUACCUAUCAUAAUUUUUUUCCUUAUUCUACUCGUAAUCUUGAAAGCAUGUGUGUCCUGAUCAAAUCUGAAGUCUUGAUCAUACCUCGUUCGCACGCGCACUGAUCUGAGAGCAGUUUUCAGUUUGACAGGACAGUGGCAUUUCGUCUAAUCUCUGUUUAUGCUGUGGAAUGCUAGUCACAUAUGAAGACUGGAGUCUCUUGAUCAGAUAACCUCUGUACUCUUACCAUGUCCACAAAUAAAAAUGUGUCCAAAUGGGGCUCUCAUUGAGUGAUGCCAUAGAAGAACCAUUCCUUAAAUUCCUUAAAGAACCUUUUGAAAAUGAGAACCAUUAUGACCCUUGCACAAGAAUGUAACAUAUCAGCAGCGUUAGUAAAGUCAUAUUUGCUUAGAGUAUUGUAUUUAACUACGUCUAAUUUAACUAAGAGUGGGAUUGUGGGAUUUUACUAUGUUUGACAUUUUAAGAUUUCUUUUACUUUCAGAUUGUAGUUUUUCUACCACUGUACCCUGCUGUUUCCAGACCUGUAAUCAUAAUUUGCUGCUUAUUCAUUGUUCUCACGAGCGCUCUCUUUCUCUUUCUCCCUCUCUCAGCUUAACUCUCAUCAUUGAUGUUGAAGUGAGUUCUGAUUCAUGGAAAAAAAACAUCACAAUUUUGCUUUUAUAAAGUUAAAAGUGAACCUUUCCCUCAACUGA